CUCCAAAACUUGUCCACAUUGCGAACCUGGAAAACCAUUCCAGCCUUCAUCUCUGUUGAAGUUCCGGCAAAAGCUGCACCAUAUUCAUGCUCUCUCAAGCCUCUCAUGACCAUUCCACUCAGACCCAAAUUCCGUCAUCUCCGUCAGAUCGCUUCUCCAUCUCCACCGAAUCCGAGAUGGGUCUCCUCUGCUACCGCCACCGAGCCGCCUCCCCAUCUGCGAGACCACAUCCUCACAUUCUUCAACGCCAGAGGCACCCACGAGCAAGGCUACGACCGCGAGCUGGCCCUCGUGUCGGCCCUCAAGUCCUGCGCCUCUCUCUCGGCCAUUCCUCAGGGUCGCCAGCUCCACUCCCUCGUCCUCAAAACAGGGCUCCUCGCCAACUCCUUCGUGCGCAACAGCUUGACCAAUGUGUACGCGAAGUGCGGCUUGAUGGAUGAGGCUGGGGUUCUGUUUGGUUCCUGCGGCGGCUCUGGUGUGGUUUGCUGUAAUAUAAUGAUUGCUGGGUACGUGAGGUCUGGCCGUUUGCGGGAUGCUUUCCAAGUGUUUGAGAAAAUGACGAUGAAAGAGUGUGUUUCGUAUACGACUAUGAUAAUGGGGUUCGCGCAAAAUAAGUUUUGGGGGGAGGCCAUCGAGGUCUUCAAGGAUAUGCGGGUUGCUGGCGUCAUCCCUAAUGAGGCGACUUUGGCGAGUGUCAUCCCUGCUUGCUCGCAUUCUGGGGAACUAUGGAACUGUAGAAUGCUUCAUGCUUUGGCGAUUAAAUUGCUACUUGACAGUUCUGUUAUUGUAUCGACAAAUUUGUUGCACAUGUAUUGUAUUUGUUCGAGCAUAGAGGAAGCGAGCAGGUUAUUCGAGGAGAUGCCCAAGAAGAAUGUAGUUUCAUGGAACGUGAUGUUGAACGGAUAUUCGAAGGCAGGACUCGUUGAUUUGGCUGGACAAUUGUUUGAGAAGAUUCCAAGUAGAGAUGUGGUUUCGUGGGGUACAUUGAUCGAUAGUUAUUUGCGAGUGCAGAGGUUAAGCGAAGCAUUGAUCAUGUGCCGUGAAAUGCUUCGGUCUGGAUUGAGGCCGAAUGAUGUGAUGCUCGUUGAUUUGGUUUCGGCUUGUGCUAGAUCGGUGCUAGCCGUGGAGGGGCAGCAACUUCAUAAUUUGAUAGUGAGAUGUGGUUUUGACUGUUCUGACUUUGUCCAGGCAACUAUAAUCCAUUUCUAUGCAGCUUGUGGCAGGAUCGACCUUGCUCAUCUGCAAUUCGAGAUUGGAUCAAAUGACCACCUUGCAUCUCUGAAUGCCCUCAUUGCAGGAUUUGUAAGAAAUGGAAUGAUUGACCAGGCUAGGCAGAUGUUCAACCAGAUGUCAGAAAGGGAUGUCUUCUCAUGGACCACCAUGAUUUCUUGUUAUGCACAGCAGGAGCAGCCAAAUAUGGCUCUUGAACUCUUUCACAAGAUGGUCGCAAGUGGGCUCUGCCCUAAUGAAGUAACAAUGGCGAGCGCCUUCUCCGCCAUUGCUGCUUUGGGUUCCCUGAAAGAAGGAUCAUGGGCUCAUGAAUAUGUACAGAAGAACUCCAUCCCUCUCAAUGACAAUUUGAGUGCAUCAAUAAUUGACAUGUAUGCAAAGUGCGGUAGCAUCACUUCUGCCCUGGAAGUGUUUCAUCAAGUUCGAGACAAGGGUCGGGACGUGUCACCAUGGAAUGCAAUUAUAUGUGGGUUGGCGAUGCAUGGACAUGCAAAUCUGUCUCUUGCAAUAUUCUCCAACUUGCAGAAGCGAAACAUCAGGCUUAAUUCAAUUACAUUUAUUGGAGCCCUAACUGCAUGUUGCCACGCGGGCCUAGUUGAGGAAGGGAAAAAAAUCUUUAGAAGCAUGAAGGUUUUGUAUGAUGUGGAUCCAGAUGUUAAGCACUAUGGUUGUAUGGUGGACAUAUUAGGUAGAGCUGGGAGAAUACAAGAAGCUACAGAAUUGAUUAGGACCAUGCCCUUGGAAGCAGAUGCUGCAGUAUGGGGUGCGCUUUUGUCGGCGUGCAGAACACAUGGGAAUGUGGAGAUAGGAGAGUGGGCUGCGCAGAGCUUGGAAAAUUUGCAGCCAACUCAUGGGCCUUGUAGGGUUCUUCUGUCAAACAUAUAUGCAGACGUAGGGAGGUGGCAUGAUGCCUUUUCAGCGAGAAGAGUUAUUCACAGUCAAGGACUGAAGAGAUUGCCUGGUUGUAGCGGUGUUGGGUGAUUCAGCGGCUGCUUCUACCUGUUGAGAUACAGUCGGAUCCAUGGGUUUGUUCUGCCCCCAAAAGUAACAGUCGUUACUGACUAUGUCCAGUAAACUGAUGCCACAUGGCCAUAACCUCAUGCAGGACCCACAGUUUUUGCUGCCCUGUAUUGACUUCAUAUAUGGCUUCAGGCAAGUGUUUCUCGGAAUAGUGGGUCUUGAGAUGGGAGAGGCAUCACAGGUUCACAGCUCAAUUGGAAACAUUCGCUCAAGAUUUCAACGUUCACAGACCCGCCAUGCUUACAUUUCCAUGGUCGAUGCGCUGAAGAAAAGCAUCAGAUGUGCAUUGCUCGUCCUGUUAUGGGAUUUCAAAGAUGUGCAAAGGCAAUCCAUCUCAGCUACUAAUUGCCUUCUCGAAUUGUUAUCUUGUCAGCAUAAUUCACAUAGAGUGCAUUCUGCUGGCGACCUGCGCAUUCCAUAGUCCUUGCGAUUCCAGCAUCAUCACUCUCAUGAACUGGCUCAGUUCCAGACGCCAAAGAGCUUGAGGAUCUCUCCUUGUCCGAGACCAUUACUGCAAUGGCACAUGUUUUUUCUUGCUGGUCACUAUGGCACGGUGUUCUUCUUCCUUGCUUUGGUGGUCGAACCCCCGGCCUCCCUCUCUAGCACUUUAUUCCCUAACCCGCUAGCCAACUUGCUGAACACCUAAUGGUUUCGGCUAUGCCAAAGUUAAAGCUGUUGGAAACAGUCAUCUCGCGAGUAUAGAAGCCCAAAUAUACUACCUCAAUACACCUGUGCCGGAAGGGCUAAUCUUUUGAGUGAGGGAAAGCUGGAGUACUGCCAAGAGAGAAGAGAAAGAAGAGGAACCACUACCUAAUGCCACCUAGCCUGACUUAAUGUAAAUGAAAACCUGGGUUGGCAUCUUCAGGAUUGGGUUAUUUCAGCUAGUUAUUAUGAUUAUUUAUUUGGCUAAUUUGAUAAGAAUUUCAUACGAUUUUGUGGAGCAUGUCUGGACAUGAACUGCACGGAAUAUCUGAUCAUAGGAGAAUCUUGGAAAACCCAUGACCAAGUCUGUCUGAUCAAGUUUAGACCACAUGAAGUGAACUUUUGUUUCCGAAAUUUCUGGGAUGAGAUGUCUUGGCAUGUUUCUUUCUCUUUA